AUGUUGGCGGUGCCGCGACGGAUGCUGACGCCGGCAUUGAGCUGUCCUUGCUCGUGUCUGUUGCGGAGGUCGGUGACGACCUCGAUGCUGUUGAUUCCGGCGUUUUCAGCCAGGGUUGUAGGAAUCACGUCGAGUGCCUCGGCAAACUCCUUCCAGCAGAACGACUCGGUUCCGGAAAGUGUUCGUGCCUCUUUAGUGAGAACACGGGCGAUUUCCACCUCGGGGGCACCUCCUCCGGCAAUAAGAGCCUUUUCCUUCACCAAACAACGGAUAACACAAAGAGCAUCGUGCAAAGAACGCUCGGAUUCAUCGAGAAUCAACUGGUUAGCACCUCUGCAGAUGAUGGAAACAGUGGAUGUCGAACCAGAGGCAGAACCGCUGCCGCUACCGGAACUACUAUCAGAUCCACUGCUAGCAGCAGUACCACUGACCUUAAUAACACGAGAUCCAGAAGACUCGACUUCUUCAACAAGAUCAGCGUAUCCUAAUCUGUCUUCAGUGAACGAGUCGAUGUCGGCAAUAGGACUACAGCCAGUACUCUUACAAAUGAAUUCGACCUCAUCUCUCUCAAUAUCCUUGACAACCAUGAUAUUCAGUUUGGAAAGGAAAUGCAGGGAAAGAUCAUUAACCGCAUCACGGAGAAUCGACUUCUGA